AUGAUUUCAUCAAAGAAGAAGAAACUCAACUGGUUGGAGCUUUGUCCGGACGUCCUGCGAUGUGUCUUCGGAAAAUUGAGUUUCACAGAUCUAAAUCGAGCUAAAUUAGUUUGUUCGUCGUGGUACUCAGCUUCGAGAGGCUGCGUCCCAAGAAAUCAGAUUCCAUGGCUGAUUCUCUUCCCGGAAGCCAACAACAACAACAAGACUAACAGUAACAAGAGUAGUUGCGUGUUGUUCGUUCCAGACGACAGAGACAAAGUGUACAAAACCAGAGAUCUCGGUUUUGACUUUGCACAGAGUUGUUGUCUUGCUACUUACGGUAGCUGGCUCCUGAUGAUGGACAUUGAUUGGAAUCUCAACAUUCUAAACCCUUUAACCGGUGAGAAGAUUGAUUUACCACUCACAGAGUAUCACAAAGGAAGUCCACCACCUCCCUAUGCACAACCUUAUCAUUUUGAUUUUGAUCCGGAACACGAAGAUCUGUACCCAAGCCUAGCUUGUCUCUGGAUAGACCAUGUAAGCAAAGAUUACCUAGUUGCUUGGAGGAUGGUGGAGAAAAUCUUGGUUAACAAGACAGGGAGUAACACUUGGCAAGAGAUCUCACGUUGUUUCGUGUCGACAUGGAGGAGGGAACAACUGGUCUACGAACACAAGACACAAAAGCUCUACUUCCAUCAAGACGGUAGUGUUGUCAAGAGCUGGUGUUUUUCAGGAGAUGACGAUCGUCCACAACUAGUUUCUGAAGAUUAUCCUCCAAUCGUGUAUGCUUAUUGGGAUUUCCUCCCUGAUAGAAGCAAAGACGAAGACGAGCUAUAUGUGAAGGAGUAUGUUGACAGCAGACUAAACAUCGUAGUGAGUAGAGUCUCUGGACAGGUUUUGAAGGUAGCUUGUGCGGUUCAAAAGUCCAAAAGAUGGUUCUUCCUCGUCUACAGGAUGCACCCUAUCGAUCUUAAUUGGGAAGUAGUCGAUUCUUUGGGUGAUGAGGCGUUGAUCUUAGACAUGGGCAUCACAGUUAUAGCCAAAGACAUUCCAGGGAUCAAGAGCAACUCAAUCUAUUUCAGUGGUCUCGAUUAUGGCAGAAACAAUCCAGACCAUAUAUUUGUCUUCGAUCUCAACACCCACAAGAUUGAAACUUUGCCACUAUGUGUUUUCUCCUCCAUUCCUUUCUCCGAUGCUAGAUGGUUCUUCCCCGGUUUUAGCAGUUAG